UCAAACGUCUCAGUGCAUCUGCAGAAAAGUCAACAUGAAGACUCUCGGUGCCACUGUAGGACUUCUGCUGCUGCUCGCUGUUUACUGCUGCACUGCCAUGCCUCAGGGACCAAAUGACUUGAAACCCGGGAGAUGCUGCUUUAAAUUCUUCCCAGGCAGGAUCCCAGACACUCACAUUUUGUCCAUCGGCAAAACUCACGAGAGCUGCUCUAAACGAGGAUUUGUGAUCAACACUCCCCAAGGGGACUACUGUGUGAACCUGAAUCAGAAAUGGGCCUUCAGAGCUUUCCUGAAAACCUCAACGGGCUCAAAAAGGCAAAUGGAACAAGCAGCUUCGUCCAUUCUGCCUCCAGCCUGAACAGCAUCUCGGCCCACCUUCACAGCAGGGUCCAAAACGCUCUGAUCACCACUGAUGGACCCUGAACACUCCUUCUAUAUAUGCAAACAAAUGCUUUGAAUGUUACAAAUAUUUCUCUGAUUUGGUCACUAAACAGAUUUCUUCCAAGAAUUUCGUUUCCACAGAAUUUGAAAGCAACAUUUUAAAACAGAAAUGCAGUCGUAAAUAUUUUCUCUUAAUUGUAAAAGCCUCAGUUUAUAUCUGACAAAGUUUCUGAAUAUUUAGGCUUUUUAUCAGAUCAAAAAACAUUACUUUUUUUAUGUGGUCGCACACUUUGGAACCCCACUGAAGUUACACGUACAUCCUAAACAUGUCGUUUUCUUCGUAUGCAGCUUACACCUGAAUAUAUGUUUAUUACUAAUAUACUGUACUGUUUCUCAAGAACAUGACCCGACUCACUGUUAAAGUGCAGCUCAGUCAUAUAAUUAUUUAGUAAGUGAAAACCAUUCAGCCACCACUUAUUUUCUUGAAUGCAUUUCAUCAUUUAAUUUAGCAUUUUAAACAGGAAUUUCAGCAAUAAUCUUUGUUUGUUAUGACAAGUAAUGACUUGAGAAAGUUGAUUUAAAAAAAAAAAAAAUGUGUUUUUAUGUAUACAAAAUCAUUAAAAUUAUAAUCCAUCA